GCGGCUGCCCCUCCGCCGGGGCUCGGCGCCGCGCAGCAUGCGGCUGCUGCUGCGGGCAGCGCUCCUGUGCCUGGCCCUGCGCCGGGGCCAGGGCUCCGAGCAGCCAGCGCCCCGCAGCCCCGGCCAGCAGGACUCCCAGGCAGAGUCGUCCUUCCCCGACUGGGGCAUCGAAACCAUCCGGGACGGCUUUGAAACGGUGAACAGCUACUUCGACUCCUUCUUGGAACUGCUCGGGGGGAGAAAUGGAGUCUGUCAGUACCGCUGUCGAUAUGGGAAGGCUCCCAUGCCACGGCCUCACUACAAACCCCAAGAACCCAACGGCUGUAGCUCCCAUUUUCUGGGGCUCAAGGUACCCGAAAGUCUAGACUUGGGCAUUCCUGCCAUGACCAAGUGCUGUAACCAGCUGGACAUUUGUUAUGACACCUGUGGGGCCAACAAGUACCGCUGUGACGCCAAGUUCCGCUGGUGCCUCCACUCCAUCUGCUCCGACCUCAAGCGCAGCCUGGGCUUUGUCUCCAAGGUGCAAGCCUGUGAAUCCAUGGCAGACACGGUGUUCAACGCCGUCUGGACCCUGGGCUGCCGGCCCUUCAUGAACAGCCAGAGGAGCGCCUGCAUUUGCAGCGAGGAGGAGCGCGACGAACUGUGAGCCAGAGCAGCCGCGCAGCGCCCGUCAGGCAGCACGGUGACUCCUGUCAGCCCCCGGCAUGGGCACCCACGGCAGCCUGGGGCACGGCACAGCCACCCCACGGACAGAGGGCGGCCGUGCCUGCUGCCCGCCGCAGAUGCAGCUCCACAGCCCCACUGCCCCUUCCCAGGCCCACAGGAUCCCAGGCCAGUUCUCUCCAAGGCAAGCAGGAUGCAGCGCUGCUUAUAAACACAAGACUUACCUUAAAUACGUACUAUUACCUCCCCCCACCCUGUAACUCCCUAAUUUGCAGUGCAAGGCAUUAGGUUUCUGCAAGCCCUGUGAAAUUCCCAGUCCAUGGAUACGCUAUGUACAUUUUUGCACUGCUGGUGACAGACUGAAGAGGGGUAAUUUGCUUUCAGUACAUUGCUCGCACCCAUCUCUUGACACUUUCCAUCCUGUCAUUACACACCCUGACAACCCUGCAUAUUUAAAUACUUGGUGGAUCCUAAACUGACUUAAGACAUCUGGAGAUUUCUUAAGCACGAGUUAAGGGGAAGGGCUCGAGGUGUUUGUGGUACACAAUUGAUAUUCAGGACCAAAGCCCACCAUUUAUCAGAUGUGAAAUCACAGCCUUUUCCCCCAGUCUCAGGAGAGGAAGCCACUUUUCUUUGCCAGUGUCAUCCACUGGCAUCUAUUUAAUUACUUUUCUCCUACAGCAUUUAACAAAGCUUUGCCCUUAGGAUCCCUUUUUACACAAAAUGGCUGGGUCUCCACCUCCAUCUCUUGCACGAGCGAAACAGGAGGCUCACAGUGGCCUUGGAUGAGAAAUUCUGGAGCCUUAUCUGUCAGAUGACAGGACUUAUGUGCUACCUCUGUGGGGCCGCUAUCAGCAGCCUCAGACACCAUUCCUUCUAAAACUGGUUAAUACUCCCAUCUGUUAUGGAGAGCUUUUGUUGCGUGCAAAACCAGAAUUUUAAGUGGUGCAUGGCAUUUUGCCUCCACAGAACACUGGCAGACAGCUUUCAGCUGGGUUUCUUGUUGGAAGGAUGUUGCUACUGGGUGUGUGCGUGCCGUGCCAUGUAAAUAUUUCAGCAGCUCCUGCAAACAUAUUUAUGGUUAUGUUCCUCCAUCUGCCACAGAGAAGUUAAGGCUGCAAAAGGGUGAUUUAACAAGAGUGGAAAGAGUCUGCCUUGGUUGCUUUUCUUCCAGUUUAAAUGGGUUUAAAAUGUAUGCAUGGAGCUAUAAAUUAUUUAAGCCCUGUAUUCCUACUCCUGCCAGUCAUCCUUGCCUUACAGUGAACAGCAAUGAGACGUUCAGCUGGCCUCAAGUGGGCUGGAACAACAAGACCCCCCCUGGUAUCCAGACCAGGAAAAUGGAAGUGACUGCGUGAGGUGUACUGGAGUGUUUUCUUUCACAGAGGACUUCAACAUUGCUCAGAUGUAACGACAGCCUUUCCUAGCUGGGCUAAUGCCACUGGAGAGGGAAUUCUGCAUUGUUGAGAUUCCCUGCCCUGUCAGAGCAUGAGGCUGGACACACAACCUUGAUUAUCCAGCUAAGAAACAUCUACUUUUGGCUAGGGAUGGGAAGGAAACAUUCCUCACUCCAGACGCUGCCCAAACUUUGUAUUCUGUUGGUGAAAUAGUGCUUGUGGCCAGUUGAAAUUGGCCAGUGAACACCCUCCUAUGAUUAAAUGACAAAAAUGAAGUUAAAAUAGCUAUAUUGCCUACAUUCAACAGCUGACUGCAUGGCAAAUAUCUUAAAUUACCUUAGAGUUCAAGUGAUAUCAGACUAAAGCCAAGCAACUGCUGGCAGGUGGUGACAUACACCGGAGAAAUCAAAGGGUUCUGAACAAAAUCUCUGUACCCAGACACUGAUAGUGCUGGAGACAUUGCUAAGAUAAAUCAUAAUUUCUCCCUGCUUUCAGACCACCAUUCAUCCCAAAACCCCAGAGACCACCCCAAGCAGGCCAGCUGCUGAAUAAAUUCAUUUUUCACUGUGGUAACGUGAAAAACUCCCUAGCAGCUCUACAAGGAAAUAUCUGAACCUUCAAGUGGUGGCAGUGACUCCAGCAAAUAAUCCUGUGUUGGAGCAAACCAGCACAUGAAACCCAGUAAAACUGCAACCAAACUAAAACCUGCUUCCCCUCCAUGCCACUCCUGCUAUCCAGUGAUGUACAGCCACAGAAGCAGCUGAUCACAGGAUGCUGCAUGAACCUUGGGUCAUCUUCAAUUCCACCCUGCUCUGGACACAAAGACACCACUUUGCUCAUCCCAUGGCUUCCUCUUGAUUUUGUGCAUUGGCAGGACUGUUUUCAGCUGCAGAGUGGAAAAGCUGCUCCACGUGAAUUCGUCAGGAAGAACCAGAUAAUCUGCACAAUAACUGACAUAAACCAGGAAAGGAACUUCUCUCUCCAUCACUCCCCUGACAUCCCUUCCAUAUAAACAAACAAGACCAGUUGAUUCUCCAGAAGGCACCAGAUAAUUAAUUUAAUUUCCCAGCUCUUGUUUUAUCAAAACAAAUAUAUUUAAUGGAGUCUGCCUGAACAAAGAAGUGACAGUGGGAAACUGCCCCUGUGGUCCUACUGCAGAUGUGAAUCAGCAGAACAGCAAUCCUAGGAGAAACCUUUUUCCUUUCUUUUUCUUUCACAUAUGGUUGGAUAACACAUGAAAAGUGUCUUUCCAUUUAUACGUACUUAUCAUCAUAGAAAUAUUUUUGUUUACCGUAACACAAAUACACUUAUUUCCAAGAUUAGAAAAGCAGCCAUGAAGCUAUUUAGAAAAAUCAUUAAACUCUCAGCCAUUAAAUGUUCAUUCCUCAAUGGAAUCUCACUUGCCAGAACAAAUAAAUCUGUGAAAUAGGUUGAAA